AUGCGCUCCCAAAAUUCCCUGGUCUUUGUGCUGGCUACCCUUAUGGGUAUUGCCAAGUCUCAGAGCUUUCCUAACGAGGCCAGCCUCCCCGGAUGUGGCGAAACAUGUCUUGAUCAGCUUAUUGCACAGGCUGGCUCCUUUGGCUGCGCUGCGGACGGAGUCGGUUGUCUCUGCGCAGCUACCAACUUCCAGAAUGGUGUCCAUGAUUGUGUUGUUGGUGCCUGUGCAGCUGACCUCGUGGCCUCGGUUACAAACUAUCUCGUUGCCGUUUGCGCAACUGCUGCCGUGAAUGCUCCAGCUGCCACUUCGACACCAACCACAUCUGCGUCAGCCGUCUCACCAACGUCACAGGCUGUAACAUCCUCAAUACCGCCCACGACACCAGUGUCGUCCACUCCCGCACCUGUCACCAGCAGCUCAGUGGUGACAUCGACUCUGCCUACAACAAGUAGCAUUCCGAGCAGCACGUCCACUCCGGAGCCAAGUACUUCUACACCGGCUUCCAGCACCAAACCGAGCUCGUCAAGUGAUGCACUUGUCGCUACGACUUCAACCCAGCCGACAUCCACUUCAGUGCGGCAGACCGCCACCAGCUCUACCACUGGUUCUCCUGCGAGCACUACAUCCAGCACCAGCAGCUCGACUGCCACUGCCUCGCCCGGUCUGACCGCUGGUGCUAAAGCAGGAAUCGGCAUCGGUGCCGCCGUUGGUGCUGUGGCUGUUAUUGCCGCUGUCGUGAUCUCGGAUCCGAUGCCUGGCUCGGGACGCAUCUAUGCAAAUGACGACCGUAGCAACGGUUACGACAACUCUGAGCUGGAGAUGAAGUCUCGGCGAUACGAAGACAUGGUCCCUCGGCACGUACCUAGGAAUAUGGUUUGA